AUGUUACCAAGGAUAAGCAAUAGUGUAUUAUCUUUCCUUUUGCUUGUAUUUAUACAAGUUAACUCAUCAUAUAUUGAUCAAAUAGAAUAUCAAAAGGAAAAAGAUCUUUCAGGUCCCCUUACUGUACCAUUACCCGAUUCAAAUAAAGUUCCACCAUCAAUCACCGAGCAACCUGAAGAAUUCACUUAUAUUCAAAAGGAACAAAAAUUAGAGCUUCCUUGCAUGGCUAGUGGCAACCCACAACCAAAGUAUACUUGGUACAAGAAUGGAGUCAAAAUGGAUCUCAACAGUACACAGUACAAGGGGAAAGUUGUUCAGCGAUUAGGAAUUGGCACCUUAGAAUUUCUAAAACCCACUGUAGAUGACUUUGGAGAGUAUCAGUGUUUUGCAGAGACUAAAGGUUUGGGGAUAUCUGUAUCUAACAAAACUCAGUUAUUAUUGGCUGAGCUGGGUGCUUUUCAACAAACAAAGGCAGUUAUCAAAAAACCACUAACUGGACAGAGUUUGAAAUUACAGUGUAUACCACCCAAGGGUACCCCAACACCUACUAUCAACUGGAAUAUUUUGUCUCAGUCACAUAGCAGUUCAGAUGCUAUGAGGCCAGUUAAGUUUGAUAACCGAGUCUCUAUGGAUUAUAAUGGCAACUUAUAUUUUGCUAAUGUUAAAGAAGAGGAUUACCAGGAUGGUAAUAAGUAUGUAUGUUCUGCCUACAGUAGAUUUCUUCGAAUUCUCAGUCAAGGUUUUGACCAUAUCAUUAAACCAGAGGUAGUGACAGGAGGUGCAACUAAUGAACCUGUGUCAUUGAUGUGGCACUCUGAAACAGAUAUUAAAGUACUCAAAGGAGAUGAUUUGAAGAUGAAAUGUAUUUUUGCUGGAAACCCCACACCAAAUGUUACUUGGCUCCGAUUGAAUGGCAAGAUUCCUGCCAGACGAACAGUCAAAGGUGAUAGUGGAUUGGAGCUAAGAAUCAAAAGAGUCCAAUAUGAAGAUGCUGGAGAAUAUGAGUGCGUUGGAAAAAAUAAGAUUCUGGAAAGACAGCAAACUAAAAGAUUUACAGUUAAAGUUGAAUCCCGUCCAUACUGGGAUGAGGAACCAGUCGAUGUCACUAAAGGAGUAGAAGAAAAUGUUACAUUUUCAUGCAAGGCUCUUGGCAGACCAGAACCCAAAGUUAACUGGUUUAUCAAUGGUGAACCUUUUGAAAAGCCAGCUGAUACUUCCGUGGUAUUCAAAGAUAAUACUUUAACAUAUUACAACUUAACUAAAAAAGAUAGUAAAGUCAUUCAAUGUAAUGCAUCAAAUAGCAAUGGCCAUAUUUGGGCUGAUUUCUACUUGAAUGUUCUUGUCAUUCCACCUUUCUUUGUGAAAAAAGUUCCAGAAUUUACCAAAGUUGCUAAAGACUCUGUUGUUACAUUGAUAUGUGAAGCAGAUGGAAAACCGACACCAGUUAUUUCUUGGUUUCGCCGAGAUCAGUUGAUUAAAAGUAAGAGGCAUGAAAUAUUGCCAUCAGGACACCUGAGGAUAUCAGAUGUGCAGCCUACAGAUUCUGGAGAGUACACUUGUCGGGCCAGGAAUCGUUUUGGUACAAAUAGUUCUACUGGAGAAUUAGCUGUUCGAACAAAAACAAUGAUUGUGGAAGCUCCUGAAGAUAUGGUAGUUAUAGCUGGCAAGAUUGCUUUGUUUACCUGCCAUGCCACCACCGACUCCUUUGAAUUCAAAAAUUUGGAAAUCAACUGGUAUAAAGAUGGUGUACUGAUUGAUUUGGAUAACCCAAACAUCAAGAAAGAACCAAAUAAUAAUCUCAUCAUUUCUAAUUUGUCCAACAAGGAUUCAGGCAAUUACACCUGUGUGGCCUCAAAUGGUCUUGAUAAUGAUACCAAAAGUGCUGAACUUAAAGUCAAAGGCCCACCUGAUCCUCCAACUGAUGUAGAUGUUACCUGUCAUUCAGACCGAGCCACUAUUUUCUGGAAAGAAGGCAAAAAUAACUUUUCUCCAAUCCAGCAAUAUAUUGUGGAAUUCAAGACUUCAUUUGAUUCAGUUUGGCAUGAAGCUGGUCGUACAGAUUUUAAAGUUGAAGAAUGGGAAACUGAAUUAAGCCCUUGGUCAAACUACACAUUCCGUGUAAGAGGUGUGAACAAUCAAGGUACAGGAGCACCUAGUGAACCUGCUUCGACCAUUUGCACCACCAGUCCGGCUGUUCCAGAUUCACAUCCUGUUAAUGUCCGUACACUUUCCAGCAAAAAGAAGUACUUGGUUAUUGUGUGGAAUAAAAUGUCUCCACUUAAUUUCAAUGGUCCUGGUUUUCGAUAUGAGGUAACAGUUGAAAAAGAAGGCAUCAAAACUCUUAAAUAUGAUGUUGAUGGCAGUGAGCCUGCAAGGAAGGAAAUUCACACCAAGACAGUCUAUGAACCUUAUACUAUUUCUGUUCGAGCAAGAAAUGAUCUUGGCUAUGCCCUAGGUGAACCAAAUGAAAUCAUAGGAUAUUCGGGUGAAGAUACUCCAACAGAAGCUCCAACAGGAUUUGAACUCAAUCCUGAUCAUAAACUAACUGCAAAAUCUGCAAGCUUUAGAUGGAAUCCUGUGUCAACAACUCCUGACAAGAUUAAAGGUGUUUUCAAAGGCUACAGGAUUUUGUUCUGGAAACGUGGUCACAAAGAAACCUCUUUGAAAAAGAUUGAUAUUCAGAAAGAUGAAACAGGAAGGAGACGCCGAAGUACUAAAAAAAUUGAAGCUACAGUAAAUCUUCCAGCUUUCUCAGAACUUAGUUUAUCUGUUGUAGCAAGAAACACAUAUUAUGAAGGACCUGAAAGUAAUGUCAUUGAUGUAAAUACACCUGAAGGAGUUCCUGGCAGAGUUCGUUCCUUUACAGCUUUAAUUCGUGGAUCUGGCCAUUUUCAUUUGAAAUGGGAACCACCUGAAAAGAAAAACGGCAUUUUGAUUGGAUAUGACAUCGGUUUUCAAAAAAUAAAUGGUUUGAAAUUGUCCCCAAUGAAAUAUGAAAGUGAACAAAUAAGGGACCCAACAAGUACCCAGCACAUGUUACGAGGCUUAGAUCACAGUACAAAUUACAGAGUCCAUAUUUGGCCCGUAACUCGCGCUGGGCGAGGAGAAGGCUAUUUUAUUGAUGUUUGGACUACAGAUGCUGGAAUGCCUAUUGUACCUAAUUGGGAUAUAAUUGCAAUGGGUAACAAUUCUCUCAAUGUAACCUGGGAAAUAGACUACAACAAGACUAAUCAACAUGUAGCCUUGAUGCAUGUCGUAGAAUACAGGAAACUGGGAGAAAGUGAUUCUCAAAAAACACCACCUCAAAUCAUCAACCGAUGGCAAAAUGUAUCCAAUUUAUCUGCAGGAAUUACUUAUGAAAUCAGAGUAGUUGCAAAGAGCGGAAAUUACCAAGCAGCCAGUAAUUGGAAGAAAGUCACUCUUCCCAGUCUUCCACCUCCUGUGCAUACUAUCAGCAAAGGUACUGCCACGCAGGAUCUGACCUCAGCUACUUGGUUUAUUGCAAUGAUGGUUGCAAUUGCCCUGCUCAUCCUUAUUUUGAUUAUUGUGUGUAUUGCAAAGAGAAAUCGAGAAGCUAAGUAUGAUGUACAAGAAGAAGAACGAUUACGUGGACAUGAUCCUUAUGGUAAUGAUGACCAUUUCAAUGACAGUAAGAAUGAUGAAAAUGGUGUUGGUAAGCCUGGAGCAUUAGUCAAUGGUGAUAAAACAAGUGGAGUAAGCGAUUCUGAUAGUCUUGGAGACUAUGGAGAUGUCGAUCCAAGUAAAUUCAAUGAAGAUGGAUCUUUCAUUGGACAAUAUGGUCCCUCAGAUAAGAAAGAUGUAUCUGAGACUGCUGCUCCAUCAGCAAUGUCCACAUUUGUUUAG